UUCCGCCACGUCACUAGACAGACGUCGGAUGAAAACAGACUUGCGGAGAGGAGAGGAUGCUGCUGCUGCUGAUGACACACACACACAAACACACACACACGGAUUUAGCUGACCUGUGUUUGCGACAUCUUCCUUUUAACAACAACAACUCUUAUUAUUUUUAGUGACAUCGUUUAGGAUUGCAUCGGUGCUCGGGGUUACACGCCGUACAGUCGUUUUUAGCCUGUUAGCUAGGUAACGGAGACGUUGCUGGAAAAAAAGCAAGCCUGGCGUGUGACGUCACGGCAAACCUCCUAACGGACUUUUGUGUGUGUGUGAUUGAGCGGACAGGAAGGAGCGCUCGAGCCGACCGGACCGCACUGAUCCCGCCCUCUGUUUUCCGUUCGAGCGCUUGACGUCACGGCAGGACCCUCACGCGCUGUGCGCUUGUAAACAGAUCCUCCCACGUGACCGAGUGAGCAGCGCGCGAGCCCAGUCGACUCCCGCAUUGUCCUCUCUGCCUGCGGGACAACACAAAAGGCAAGAAGGAGAGAAAAAAAAUAAACAAAGACGAGAGUCUUUACAACAACAAAAAAAACCUCCCGAAACAAACAGGUACUUGUGAGAACAGGUGGAGAGGAAAGGAGAAGAGGUGAAGAAAAGAAAGGAUGAGGAUGAAGAGAGACGGGCUUCAGUAUCGUACGGGCCGGAAUCUGAAGUGUGCGCGAGAUGUUUCUUUUAAUCCACGGCUGUUUUGUAGUUUAGAGUUGGACACUUUUCUUUAAACGUUAACGUUACAUAAUAACGGAGACGCUUCACCGCGACGUCGUCAUCGAGCUGACAUCUUUUCUUUCUGUUUCUUUCUUUCUUUUUAACCUGGGGUUUUUUUUUGAAGCUGAUAUUUUUGUUAUUAGCCGCGGUUAGCUAACCGUCAGAUGUCAUUCACAAUGGAGGAGUCUUUGGAGUCCGGUUGGGUUUCAGUAAGGCCGAACGUCUUCGAGGAAAAAGAGAAGCACAAAUUCGUCUUCAUCGUGGCCUGGAACGACAUCGAGGGCAAGUUCGCGGUCACCUGCCACGACCGGACGGUGCAGAAGCGCAGCGCGGCGGCUCGCGACUCGGUGCCUGAAGUGGCCGAGGGCGCGUUGCUUCAAGACAAACGUCCGGUGGCCUCGAAGAGCUCGAGAGAGAAAGCCCCGGAUAAAUCCAAGCCCACGCGAAGCCCGAGCAGAACCGCCGCGCUGGGUGACAUCGAGGUUCUUGAGCCUGCGUCCGUCUCCGAGGCCCGUUCUCCGGACGACGCUGACGACCCGGACGCCGGCGUCCCCAUCAUCGUCAUCGGCGGCGACUCGAGUUGGGCCGGCCUGUUCUCCUUCCAGGACCUGCGCACGGCCCACGCGCAACUCUGCGCGGUCAACUCGGACCUCGAACCGUGCCUGCCUCCGUUCCCUGAGCAGGAGCAGCAGUCGGCCGUGUGGUCGGUGCUGUUCGGCGAGCCGGAGGUCACGCGGCGGGACACGGAGGCGCUCUGUUACCAGCUACAGGUGUACCUGGGCCACGCGCUGGACACGUGCGGCUGGAAGAUCCUGUCCCAGGUCCUGUUCGCGGACGGAGACGAUUCGGAGGAUUACUACGAGAGUCUGAGUGAGCUGCGGCAGAAGGGCUACGAGGAUGCUCUGCAGCGACAAAAAAAGCGCCUGCACGAGUUGUUGGAGAAGCAGCGAGGCAUGGAGAGCAUGGUGGAGCUGCUGCAGUUGUACUCGGAGCAGGACGAGGCGUACAGUGAUCUAGUGGAGGCCACCACUGAACUCUACCACUACCUGCUGCAGCCCUUCAGAGACAUGCGAGAGCUCGCCAUGCUCCGCCGACAGCAAAUAAAGAUCUCUCUGGAGACGGAGUAUCUGGGUCCACGGCGAGUGGAGGCGCUCAAGAGGGAGGAUGAGGAUUGGCAGAGGAAGGCGCACACUGCAGUGCUGUCUAUCCAGGACCUCACUGUGAAGUACUUUGAGACCACAGCAAGGGCACAGAAAGUGAUGUACGAGCGCAUGCGAGCCGACCAGAGAAAGUUCGGGAAGGCGGCGUGGGGCGCAGCGGUGGAGCGCAUGGAAAAGCUGCAGUACGCUGUUUCCAAGGAGACGCUGCAGCUGAUGCGCGCCAAGGAGAUCUGCCUGGAACAGAGGAAGCAUGGGCUGAGAGAGGAGAUGCAGGGGCUACAGGGUGGUGAGGAUGCCAUGGCACGUCUGGACCAGUUAGAGGCACUGUAUUACGAGUUGCAGCUGCAGCUCUACGAGAUCCAGUUCGAGAUCCUGAAGUACGAGGAGUUGUUGCUGACCGCGCAGCUGCAGAGCCUGCGCAGACAGAUGACCGAGAGGCAGGACGAGGUGGUUUACUACGACACAUACGAAAGUCCUGACGCCCUGCAGGCCACCGACGAGGCGUCUCUGGCUCCUGCGCCUCUGAGAGACGAGGUCACCCAGCUGCAGCAGAGGACGCGGCAGCUAGAGGCUAGGAGGGGACGCAUCACUGCCAAGAAAGCCUACCUCAAAACCAAAAAGGAAAUCUGCAUCGUCAAUCACACCCAGAAACUGCAGCAGCGCCAGAGCGGCCAGGGCCAGGACUCCCAGCAUGCUUUGCGACAGCAGGAUGAAGAAGAAGAGGAAGUGAGGAACACACGAGUCAGCCAAGAGAGACAGAAGACACUGGACAGGCUGCGCAGCUUUAAACAGCGCUACCCCGGCCAGGUCACCCUGAAGUCCGCGCGCCUCCGGCUAGCGCACGCUAGAAAGAAAAACGGCGCUGCACAAACGACCACGAAAGCGGGCCAGCCCCAGAUGCAGGUGGCGAGCGUGCAGACGGACGACGCCCCGGCUUCUCUGAAAGACCCCGGUGCCGUCCCAGAGCUCCAGAGACCCGAAGGAUUCAUGUCUUUACCUUCAAACAUUCCGCCCAUUCCAGAAACGCUCGGGCCGUCGUCCCUGCCCCCGCUCACCGAGCGCAACGUUCUGGACUCGUCCACAUCUCCAAUCUCUCCCCCUCCUCCACCUCCUCCUCCUCCGCCCCCUCCUCCUUCUCUGGAGGACACGCUCACACCGGGACAAGGCCAAGCACAGGGACAAGCGAGCAGCCCCGUGUCCCAACCCAAAGCGGAAAGUCCUCUCGGCCCGUUCACCGCUCGCUUCUUCGACAGCAGUCAGCUGGUGAACGCCCGCAAAAAGCUGAGGAAGACGUCCUCGCUGGAGUUGUCCCAGUGGAGGAGAGCGUCCUCUCCUAUGGACGAAGUCCUGGCCAGCCUGAAGCGCGGGAGCUUCCACCUGCGCAAAGCCGAACUGCGCGUUCUCGCUCCGGAUCCUGACCAGGACGACGGGAACAACAUCCUGGCUCAGAUCCGCCGCGGCGUGAAGUUAAGGAAGGUGCGGCGUCACGAGCCGCAGCGCUGUCUGGAAUCCAGCGACCCGCUCACGCGCAGCAUCCACGAAGCCCUGCGCCGCAUCAAAGAGGCUUCACCCGAGUCCGAGUCUGAGGACGAGGGGCUGCCGUGCACCGACUGGGAGAGCUAGAUCAUUCAGUACACACACACACACACACACACAGACAUGUACACACACUUUAGUGACCAGUGUAUAUAUUCAUAUAUGCACACAUCAGACACGUUUAAGAUGGUGAAGUUACAAUGCAGCACUGCUCCGGCUAAUCAUGGCCGUCAGGUUUAUGAAGGAAAAGCAUUAAAUAUGUUGUUUUGUAGUCAUGUACCCAGGACCUGGGCCUCCUUACAAACCGCUAAGUCCGGCUCUGACCACUGACCACACAGCCACUGGGCUUAAAAAGCACAACCUUUAUAUGUACCAUCUCGUCUUGUCUCUCUCUCUCUCUCUCUCUCUCUCUCUCUUUCCUUCUCUCUCUCUCUGUCUCUCUCUGUUUUCCUCUCUCUUUCUCUCAGUUUCUCUCUCUCUCUGUCUUGCCCUCUCUCUCUCUCUUUCUCUCUCUCUCUGUCUUUCCCUCCUACCCCUCUUUCCCUCUCAAUUUCCUCUCUGUCUCUCUCUCUGUCUCUCUCUCUGUCUCUCUCUCUCUCCAUCUCUCUCUUUCCCUCUGUCUCGCUCUCUCUGAUCCUGUCUCUCUCUUUACCCCUCUUACUCUCUCUCUCUCUCUCUCUCUCAGGUCCUGUUUUCAUCCAGUCGUCGGUUCUAGUCACUAUUUUCGUGGCAUUAGAAGACAACACCACGCUUCUGCUUCAAACAAAUGGAUUCAUUUACAGUUAAUCGAUCAAUUCAGAAAUGAAACUCAAUCAGUCAGACCCAGCGAUGGUCAGUUCAGCAGGGUCCAGUGAUUAAAAUUCCUGACGUUUAUAUUCCUGAAGUGAGCCGCGUAACCUCAGCAGUUCUGAAACCCGUCUUUAAGGGUCUUUAUGUGGUUCCUUUUUCUCUUAUUUCCAUUUUGGACCACGUUCCAUUCCCUUGGCUUUGCUUCCCUCUCUCUCUCUCUCUCUCUCUCUCUCUCUUCCUGGUUAAGAUGAAAAGCCGCAUUUGUUUUUUUCUUCUUCUUCUUUUUGAAUUUGUCGUGUUUUUUUAUCUGUCUAUUUUCUCCAGCUUUUUUGCUUGGUCACAGUUGGAGAAAACCACCGUGUGUGUGUAGUGAUGCACUGAUGCCACCUACAGCCAACAUCUCUUCUCUACAAGUGCCGCUCUCGUUCAUUUUUUAAACAUUUUGUGUGUUUCUUUACUCAUAUAUUUCCUUUUAGAUCGGUGUAGAUUUAUUCAUUUUUUUUUCCAUCUAUUCUUACACAUUCACCUUGAGUUUAUUUCAUUUAUUGCCCAAGUCCAUGAUGUGUGUGUGUGUGUGUGUGUGUUUUUAUAUAUAUCUACAUUAAUUAUAGACGUUCCACAAGCACAGCACAUUAACUGACAUGGUUUUCAUCCACUUGCUUGUUUUUCAUCCACUUCCUUUUUCCCUUUUUCUUUUGGAGGGGGUUGGUGGGUGGAUGCUGACGUACGUAAUGCAGAAGGACCGGAUUGGUUAGGAUUUUUAGGUUUUUUUUGUGCAGCCAAUAACAUGGGAACGGAAACUAGAACUUCAUUCACCAGCUACAAAAGUUCUCCAAAAAGUUUAAAGCGGCGGUAUGUCAUUUUUUUUUACAGUCCACUGCUGCCUCAGAGUGGAAUUGCAAUUGCUGUUCAGAAAACCGACAAGCGUUCAUAUCUACUCGACAACAAGCCCCGCCCCCCUGUUUCAUGAGGUUUUUUUGUUUUGUUUUGAAGUGGGAACUCAUUGCCAGCCCAGAAAAAUUUUCGCUUGACCAAAGAUGCUAAGAGCCAUGAUCAAAUGACUUGCUGUAAUGUGAAUCAGUACAUGAGGCUGAUUUACUUGUUUAUCGCAAAUUAUUAUUCCAUCUUAUGCCUCGCAAUCAUAUCACGCGAAGUAGCUAGCAGAUAUCGUGCCUAGCUAGCCGCUGUAUAUUAGAGUAUUUUUCUAAAUAGCGUAAAUAUCAGGAGCGUGUAUUGUUAAACUUUCUGAAGAACUCUUGUAGCUAUUAAUUCCUCGGUUGCACUGAUAAUAAUUGUUAAAAUAAAUAAACAUUAUUGUAAUUCUUUCCUUCCCUCUGAAGAGAUUUUGGGGUCAUGGUGCCUUGACGUUAUGUCAGAAUUACAGAAAUGGUCAUCCCUUUAACUGACAUUCUUUAACGUGAACAUCAGCGUUAAUGAACCUUGUGUAAUUUCGAAUAAUUAGCCGAACUAACUCAUGUAUUCAUUAUAAAAAAAACAAACCAGAAAAAAUUCCACCUGUAUUAAUCGAUACACCACCAGUAAACCCAGUGUAGUUUGUUUAAUUAGCAGUAAAUUAUCGAUUAACAUUAUUUAGCAACCAUGUUUUUAGUUCGUAAGUGAGUGUUCGUAAAGUAAAAGAACGUAAGUGUUCACUCAUUAGCGUUACGUUCAUGCUCAGUUUAUCACGUAUUAAUCUUAAUGAAUGCGCUAAAUCAUGCAAGUUAAGGGAAUUUAAUCUAACGUCUCAAGAGUGUUACCAUGGUGACAACUUUCCAGUAACCUUGUAAAGAGAUAUAAAAGUCUGGGUUUGAUUUGAAGUCCGUUAGCACAGUUAAACAUUCCGUAAGAGUAUAUUGUAUGUAUGGACGGUCAAGCUAAUUAGCUAAAUGCAAAAGAUAUAAGCAAGAAGAUUAGCUUGUUUGGUUUAAGUUUCAUUGCUAGAUGAUUUAUAACAAGCUAACUGUGCGCUAACUAGAUUUAUUUUUCUUUACAAGGUUGUAGGAUGAAAUGAAACCACAGUUCAAACUGAAGUUUGUGAUUGGGGAACUGAAGAAAAGGCGGACCGUACACGCCACGUACGACCGGUCUGAGGAAUUUUUAUACAAGCCGCUUCUUUUGAUCUGUCUGAUUAUUGUCAGACUUUGUAUGAACAGAAUUGAUGCAUAUGUCAUGUCAUGCUGUAGCUUUGCCUCUCUUUGCUGGAGCAGAAAGCGUGUCUCACUGCUGCGAACACAGGGUCGCUGAGAGUUCCCGGAAUUCUGACAUAACGCAAAUGCACUAAAAUCCCCAAAACAAAUUUGUUUCCUCAUGAACUAACAGCUCUCAUGAUCUCAAAGCCCUUCUGCCAGUUUCUCUCUUGUUUAAAAUCCAUCGACUGGCUGCUCGGUAUAAAAUGCUCUUUCUCUCUCUCUCUCUCUCUCUCUCUCUCUCUCUCUCUCUGCGAUGUAGCAGGUUUAUUCUCCGGACUUCGUUUUUAUAAAACGAUAUCCGCUUUUCACACCUCCUCAGCUGUUCCAAGUUUACGAUCGGAGAUUUUUUUAUCCAGCUGCCCGUUACGGUGCUGCCUGAGGCGAAGCGUGGACGAACGCCACGUGCAAUCAGCCAGCUUAGUGCGCUCUGAGACGCCGUGUUCUUCUGUUACAACAGGAACAUGACGUGUUGCUUACUGUGUAACUGUGUUGAAGGAACACGGGCUGAUCCAAGGUCAGUCCAUGCGUUAUUAUUAUUUUUAUUAUUAUUUUAUUUUGGGAUCAGCUCGUCACCAACGCUGUAGUUGUGGGAGUGAAAGGAUCUGCUGUCACUCUCUGGGCUGCACUUUUAUUUAAACACCUUUCCAUCAUUUGUACUGUAUUUAGUCGUUUUUUGUUUUUUUUUUAAGAUUCAUUAAUACAUAUUCCACUUCUUUUAAUCAUUUUAUUUGUGGUAUACAUUCUAUGCAUUGCUAUCUUAUGUCUUUAUAACUCAUCCCUCAAAAAAAAAACAACAAAAAAAAAACAAA